AUGCUUGGAGAAUUUGGUUUCUUUUCAAUAUUUUAUUUCGUUAUGCGUGUUGUUAAAACUGAUGAGGAUAUUGUGGCUUGCAAUUCACUUGUAAAAUUAAAAAAUAAUAAAGAAGAUGUUCGUCUUCAUUCACAUGACGUAAAAUAUGGGACAGGCAGUGGCCAGCAGUCAGUAACUGCAGUGGAAAAUGGAGAUGAUGUUAAUUCAUACUGGUUGCUCCUUAAGACGAAAGGAAAGUGUAAACGAGGUGAACCAAUAAGUUGUGGCCAAACUAUCCGCCUUAAACAUCAUAAGACCAGUUGUUAUCUUCACAGUCACUUGUUUGAUGCACCAAUUACAAGAGGAAACCAGGAGGUAUCAUGUUAUGGAAAAGAUGAGGAGAGCGAUUCUGGAGAUCAUUGGAAGGUUUUAUGUGAUAGUGAAGUAUGGUUACAUAAUGUUCCUGUAAGGUUAAAACAUGAAGAUACUGGGAAAUUUUUGGGAGUAAGUGGUCAGACAUUCGGUCGGCCAAUAUCUGGCCAGUAUGAGGUAGUAGGUACUACUUCAUCUCAAAACUCAGCUCUAUGGGCAGCGGUAGAAGGCGUUUUUAUGGUAAGGUCGGACAAGUCAGAAUAA